GCGGCGGCUCAGUCGUGCGGCGGCGGCGGGAUGAACGGGACGGGCCAGAAGCAGUGCGGGCUGGACGGGGUGCUGCCGCCCGGGGCCCACCCGCUGGUCAGCGCCAUCAUGUUCUCGGCCGGGCUCCUGGGCAACCUCCUGGCCCUGGGGCUGCUGCUGCGCUGCCGCCGCGGCCCCCGCGCCCACCCGCCCUCCCUCUUCCACGUCCUGGUGUUGGCCCUGGUGGUCACCGACCUGCUGGGCACCUGCUCCGUCAGCCCCUUCGUCCUGGCCUCCUAUCACCGCAACCGUACCCUGAACGCCCUGGACCAAGGAAGACACAUCUGUCUCUACUUCGGUUUCGCCAUGAGCUUCUUCGGUCUCGCCACCAUGCUCAUCCUCUUCGCCAUGGCGCUGGAGCGAUGCCUGGCCCUGGGGCGGCCGUACUUCUACGAGCGCUUUCUCAGCCCCCGCACGGGCUUGGUUGCCCUGCCUGCCAUCUACACCUUCUCCGCGGCCUUCUGCUCCUUGCCGCUGGUGGGCUUCGGGCAGUACGUGCAGUAUUGCCCCGGCACCUGGUGCUUCAUCCAGAUGCACCUGAACUACUUCCAGCACAAUGGCAGCACGGAGGUGUCGGAGUUGGAUGUCACCUUCUCGCUGCUCUAUGCCACUCUGCUCCUCUUCCUCAUCCUCUCCGUGCUGCUCUGCAACCUCAGCGUCAUCGCCAACCUGGCCCGGAUGCACCGCCGCGGGCAGAAGACCCGCCGGCUGGCCACACUCGAGCAGCCCCGGACGGCCAGCGGCUGUGGCCGGCGCAUGUUCUCCAUGGCCGAAGAGAUUGACCAUCUCCUUCUCCUCUCCAUCAUGACCAUCACCUUCGUCAUCUGCUCCCUGCCAUUCACGAUCUGCGCCUACGUGAACCAGUUCAGCAAGGGAGCUGCCUCCGACUGGGACCUCCUAGCUCUGAGGUUUCUCUCUGUUAAUUCCAUCGUUGAUCCUUGGGUCUUCGCCAUCCUGAGGCCACCGAUCCUGAGGUUCAUGCGCUCCGUGCUGUGCUGCCAGGUGACCCCCGCGAGCCAGGACAGACGGACUCCGUCCCCCGCAAAGACAAAACUGGCAGUACGCCUGGACCCCUGUGGGCAGUAGAUCCAUCAGCCAUUCCAGAAAACAUCUGCCAGGUGAAGCACAGCCCUGGCAGAUGUUAACAAAGCCUUAAGGCUCAUAAAGAGACGUACCUGCUGCAGGGUGGGUCAAGUAUGGGUGGCCCGGCCAGGUGUCACCACGUGUCUGGGAAGCCCCUGGCAAGCCAGUGCGGUCUCUCACAGGGCAAAAAAUACAGUGGGACAAGAUUGGAAGGGCUGAUCAGUACCUGGAUAUCGCUGUCGCCCUUAGAUGGAGCUGCUCCCACCCGGCGGAGGGUGCAGGCUGUGUUUGGCCAUGUUGUGGGAGGGUCGGGGGGGGGUGAAGAUAUUACACUACCGCUGUGGGGGCCGUGUUGGGGAGCAGAGCUUCCUGCUGCUGUGCUUCCCAGCAAGGUUCCCACGGUCGUUUUGGGCGGAAGGCAGUGUGCAGACAGGGGUACGGGUCCUGGAGGGGGGGCUGGGCAGCCACCGUCGCUAAAAGUACCAGUCUGUGCCCCCAGGUCCCCAGGGACUGGGUAGGACAGGAAGGGAGCAGUGUAUCCCUAAAUAUUCCCCUUUAUUUGGUAGGCUGGUUGCCUAAAGAAAUGCACUUUAUCAGGUCUGUGUGCGUGUGUCUGUCUGUAUGUUGCCCACCCCCAGAGAUUUUAGGCUCCUGUGGGUGCCAGCCCAGCACGUCUGAGGGGCACCGGGGCAGAAAAAAGCCAAAUUGUGGCAUUUUCCUUGCGCUGAGAUGACCAGAGGAGCGGUGAGACCCCUCCUGAGCACCCGUUUGCAGUUGUCUUCACCUCGUUGUUUGUGCAGGAGCCAACAAGGGGAAUAAACCUGGACUUGCGCAAAGCAUUUGACAGUGUCCCGCACGACAUCCUUGACUCUAAAUUGGAGGGACACAGACUUGAUGGAUGGACCACUCAGUGGAUAAGGAAUUGGCUGGCUGGUUGCACUCAAAAGGUUGUGGUCAACGACUCUAUGUCCAGUGGAGAUCAGUGAUGAGUGGCAUUCCUCAGGGGUCAGUGCUGGGACCGGCGCUGUUUAACAUCUUUGUCAGCAACGUGGACAGUGAGAUCCGAGUGCACCCUCAGCAAGUUUGCUGACAACAUUGAGCUGAGUGGUGCAGUCGACACGCCGGAGGGAAGGGAUGCCAUCCAGAGGGACCUUGACAGGCUGGAGAGGUGGAUCCAUGUGAACCGCAUGAAGUUCAACAAGGCCAAGUGCAAGGUCCUGCACAUGGGUCAGGGCAAUCCCAAGCACAACGACAGGCUGGGCAGAGAAUGGAUGGAGAGCAGCCCUGAGGAGAAGGACUUGGGGGUGUUGAUUGAUGAGAAGCUCAACAUGACCCAGCAAUGUGCGCUGGCAGCCCAGAAAGCCACCCGUGUCCUGGGCUGCGUGUCCAGCAGCGUGACCAGCAGGUCGAGGGAGGGGAUUCUGCCCCUCUGCUCUGCUCUGCUGAGACCCCCCUGCAGCACUGCAUCCAGCUCGGGGGUCCCCAGGACAAGAAGGACAUGGAGCUGUUGGAGAGAGUCCAGAGGAGGCCACGGAGAUGAUCCGAGGGCUGGAGCACCUCUGCUAUGGAGACAGGCUGAGAGAGUUGGGCUGGUUCAGCCUGGAGAAGAGAAGGCUCCGGGGAGACCUUAGAGCCCCUUCCAGUCCCUGCAGGGGCUCCAGGAAAGCUGGAGAGGGACUGGUGACAAGGGCAGGGAGGGACAGGCCAAGGGGAAUGGCCUGAAGCUGCAGGAGGGGAGAUGGAGAUGAGAUGUGAGGCAGAAAUCCUUCCCUGUGAGGGUGCUGAGGCCCUGGCACAGGGUGCCCAGAGAAGCUGUGGCUGCCCCUGGCUCCCUGGCAGUGUUCAAGGCCAGGUUGGAUGGGGCUUUGGGCAACCUGGGCUAGUGGAGGGUGUCCCUGCCCAUGGCAGGGGUGGGACUGGAUGGGCUGUGAGGUCCCUUCCAACCCAAACCAUUCUAUGCGUCUACGAGUCUAUAAUGAAGAGCCCAACCAGGGAAUGGGAGGUUCCGCUCACAGCCGUGUGCUUUACCCACAUGCAGGGUGAUGCUGAUGAUGGGUUUUGGGUUGGCACAGAGGAGGGCUUGUCGUCCUGAGCCUUUGCUCAUCCUCCCGCCUGCCUGGGAAAAACCCGCUCAGGGGCAUCUCUUCUCUAGAGAUUUUAUUUGAAAAAACCAACCCCAAACCAAGAAAACAAAAAAAAGAAAUCCACAAAGUGCAGAAACAUCCAGGUCAUCAAUCCCGUCCCAUCAGGUAGCAUCCUUCAGUGCCACUGUUUUGUUUUGCGGGAUGCGCCUGUUGCUCUUCGGGUCUCCGGGUUGGUCCCCACUGGGCGAAGGAGCAUCCGACCCCACGGGCGAGCUGGGUUUAUCCCGAGGCCGUCGCUGCCGUUAGGGGGUUGCUGGGGUGGCUCGUGGCUCCUGUUCAUGCAGCAUCCGACAAACGCAGUGUCGUUGUGCUAUUGCGAGUAGGGCGUCUCGUCGUCUGUUUGAGAGCUACAGCUCUGCUCGGAAAGCCCAAAGGUGCCGAGAUUUGGGGCUUUUCUGCAAUACAGUAGUUGAGAUGAUGUAAAGUUAAAUAUUAUUAUUUAAAUAAUAAAUAUCUCUCAAAGGAGCCUGCUGAGUCGCGUGUGGAUUUGUGCUGAAGAUGCACCUCAGGGUAGAUCUGGCUCCCAGAGGAAAUGUGUCACA